UAAAAUGACGUUAAAUCUAUUGAGACCUUCACUUAUCAAUCAUGGAUUACUGCAAUUUAAGAAAUCAUCGACGUUUUUAACAUUAAGGCUGUCAUUGAAUACAUCUGUGGUUUCUAAAGGCUGUGAUAAGGGAUCAGAUGGUGAAUUUAGAAUUGAAAGGGAUACCUUUGGUGAGCUAAAGGUCCCUGCUAGCAAAUAUUAUGGAGCACAAACAAUGCGGUCAGUGAUGAACUUUCCAAUAGGUGAUAGUUUUGAACGUAUGCCUUAUGCUGUUAUUGUUGCAAUGGGCAUAUUAAAAAAAGCAGCAGCAGAAGUGAAUAAAGAAUUGGGACUGGAUCCAAAAAUAGCAGAUGCUAUUAGCAAAGCUGCAGAUGAUGUUAUAUGUGGGAAACUUUAUAAUGAUCAUUUUCCAUUGGUCAUUUGGCAAACAGGUUCUGGUACACAAACCAAUAUGAACACUAAUGAGGUACUUUCAAAUCGUGCAAUUGAAUUACUUGGUGGUAAACUUGGAUCUAAAACACCUGUACAUCCAAAUGAUCAUGUGAAUAAGAGUCAAAGUAGUAAUGAUACAUUUCCAACUGCUAUGCACAUAGCAGUUGCUUUAGAAAUUAACAAAAUACUGCUGCCUGGUUUAGAAAAAUUGUACAAAGCUUUAGAUGAGAAAGCUGAAGCAUGGAAAGAUAUUAUUAAAAUCGGUAGGACUCAUACUCAGGAUGCUGUGCCCCUAACAUUAGGACAAGAGUUUUCAGGCUAUGCAUUCCAGGUUUGCCACGGUAUUGAAAGAGUGAAAAAUACUCUCCCAAGACUGUAUCAAUUAGCACUCGGUGGUACUGCAGUAGGUACUGGAUUAAAUGCACCAAAAGGUUUUGCAGAAAAAUCAGCUGCAAAAAUUGCAGAACUUACUGGUUUACCUUUUGUUACUGCCCCAAAUAAGUUUGAAGCUUUGGCUUGCAAAGAUACUAUGGUAGAAGUACAUGGUGCACUAAAUACAGUAGCAGUUUCACUUAUGAAGAUAGCCAAUGAUAUUCGAUUUUUGGGAAGUGGACCUCGUUGUGGUUUAGGAGAAUUGGCUCUUCCUGAAAACGAGCCAGGAAGUUCCAUUAUGCCGGGUAAAGUUAAUCCAACGCAAUGCGAAGCAAUGACUAUGGUUUGUUGUCAAGUAAUGGGUAAUCAAGUCGCGGUAUCUGUUGCUGGAAGCAAUGGUCAUUUUGAACUUAAUGUAUUUAAACCUGUGAUAGUUGCAAACACUUUAAGAUCUGCAAGACUUUUGGGCGAUGCCGCUGCUUCAUUUACGAAGAACUGUGUCGUCGGUAUUAAACCGAAUGUAGAACACAUUGACAAACUUCUGAAUGAUAGUUUAAUGCUUGUUACGGCAUUAAAUCCACAUAUUGGUUACGAUAAGGCUGCAGCAAUUGCAAAACAAGCUCAUAAAGAAAGAACCACGUUAAAAGAAUCAGCAUUAAAGAACGGUAUAACUGCAGAAGACUUUGAUAAAUGGGUCAGACCCGAGGAUAUGGUUGGUCCUAAAUAAAUUCGAUAAGUU